GAUGAUAGCACAUUGAUAUGCCGGAGCUGCGGAGGGUUGUGUAAGGAGGAGCUGCAGCGAGCGAGGAGGGUUAAGCAGGAUCACGUUUCUCCUCUGUGAGCUAAAGAGAUUAACGCAAUGUUUGGGACGGUGGUGGUUGGAGUUGGAAUUGCUGGCUUAGCACGAAUCCGAGACUUGGUGAAUCCAAUGCCUUCCAGCCCUUCUGAGCACCUGAAACUCCUUGGAUUUGUAUCCAGGAGAAGUUUCGGGAAUAUUAAUGAGGCCAAGCAGAUUAGCCUGGAAGAAGCCUUAAGGAGCAAAGAGAUCCAUGCAGCAUUCAUCAGCACAGAGAACAGAAGCCAUGAAGAAACCAUCAGAAUGUUUUUGGAAGCUGGAAAGCAUGUCCUCGUUGAGUACCCCAUGGCUUUGUCAGCUAAGGCAGCCCAUGAGCUCUGGGAGAUGGCAGAGCAGAAAGAUAAAGUACUCCACGUGGAGCACAUUGAGCUUCUGACUGAGGAGUACAAGCAACUGAAAAAAGAAGUUGCUGGGAAAGACCUGGUGAAGGGGACAUUGCAUUUCACAGGUAGUGUCCUCGAUGAAAACAAAGCAGGAUUCCCAGCUUUCAGUGGAAUAGCCCGGCUGACCUGGCUGAUUGACCUCUUUGGAGACCUCACUGUUACCUCUGCCACCAGAGAAAAGCAGAAGGAUAAGAAUUACUCCAGAAUGACUGUUCACUUUCAGACAGCAAACAAGAAACCUCUGACUUGGAUUGAAGAAAGAGGACCAGGGAUGAGACGUGAAAAGAAAAUCAACUUCUGCUUCACAAGUGGUUGCCUGGAGAACCUCCCUCAGGCCCCAAGAUCUGCCGUGGGACUUUUCAUGCAGGAUCAGAACCUCUUUGCCAAAAAACUGCUGGGCCAGGUAUCCAAGGAGGAGCUGGCUGCUGAGAAAUGGCGAAUUUUGCGGUGUCUUGACCUUGCUGAGGUGAUCCAACAGCACUGUGAACAGCCAGAGGAAAUCUGCUCCCGAGACUGCUCUUAGGGAAGGAGGAGCAUGGCAGGCGAGGAGGCUGUAGGGCUAAGAGCACACUGCUGCCAUCAAAGCAGUUGCUACUUUCUGUUUCGUUACCUUCUUUCUGACUAGUGAUUCUAGGCUCUCUGAGUAGGCUGGAGAGCCUGGGCUAUAUUCCUUGUGCCUUUUGGUUUGCACCAGAACAAAGCAACAUUACCCUGCUCAGAUGUGUUGCCCAUCCUUCCAGGCAGGUAGGAAACCUGGCAGCAAUAAGCUUUCCUGUGAUUCAGCUGGAAGUGUCCCAGAUUGUAGAUCCUGGGGGACUGCAAAUACUAGAUAUAAUUUUCCCUCCCUAGGGUUGGGGUUUUUUUUUUCACCCUUCUAGAUAUGCUUGAAAAUGAGAUGUGUCUCAGUAGCAUUCAUGCAAUGUCAUCCAGAAAGCAGUAUUGGCUAAAGUGCAAUUCUAGGUGACUUUUCCACCUCUCCUCUUAGAACUGCAGAACUUGUGCCAUCACAGUCCUGACCUUUUCUCCAGAUGCCCUGAAUUCUUCUGUGUGUUUGUGCUAAUUACUUCUUGUGCCUUUUUAGAGUUGUUAGGUUUUCUUUUUUGGUCUGGUUUGAGGGGUUUAUUUGUUUUGAAGGGGUGGGUUUGGGGGCGUGUUGUUUGUUUAGGCUUUGUCAUUGUUGAUUUGGGUUGGGUUUUUGCUUUGAGGCUCUUCUUUGGUCGUGUUUUGUUGUUUUGUUCCCCCACCCCACUGGAAAUCACAGGAUGGUGGCGAUUGGAAGGGACCUUUUGGGAGUCAUCUAGUCCAACCCAUCUGCUAAAGCAGGGUCACCUAGAUUUGUUUUGUUGGUUGGUUUGUUUGUCUUUGGUUGUGUUUUGUUGUUUUGUUCCCCCACCCCACUGGAAAUCACAGGAUGGUGGCGAUUGGAAGGGACCUUUGGGAGUCAUCUAGUCCAACCCACCUGCUAAGGCAGGGUCAAUUAGAUCAGGUUGCACAGGAAUACAUCCAGGUAAGUUCAUCUACCAUCAGAUGGAAUCUAUAUUGGUAUUGAACCAGAGCAGAUGAAAUAUCUUGUCUCCUGAGAGAUGCCAUGUUGAGUUCACUCACUCAAUUUCUCUGGUGCCCUGUGCCAACACAGAAAUCUUUUUCCAGCAGAGAUUAGAACAGUACAUCAAAGUAAUGCUUUGCCUGCCUGCUUUCUCCUGGAUCUAAAUGUUUUUCUUCCUCUUUUUUUUUUGCACUAGAAGCAGCCUAUUGCUGCCUUUCAUUUGUGUUCUGUAUCUAAUUCAGCAUGUGAAUGGAUCACUGCUAAAAAGAGCAAACAUCCUGCCUUUAAGAAAAAAAAAAACCCCAAACAACUAAAGCACUCCUGGAAACAGUGAAAUUCACUAGAAGUAGUGAUAAAAUUAGAAUAGAACUGUAGGAAAUGGAGCAGUUGGCAAAUAUAGCCAUGCAGUUAUGGCAUAUGACACCUGUGGGGAUGGGUCUUUAGCAUCUUGCACUAGUCCCAGGGUCACAUCUGAAAGCAUUAUCAUUUCCCUGAGGAAGCAUUUUAGUCUUAGGACAAACCUAAACAGUCCACAAAAGUAGUAACAGCUCCUCUGUUUGCCUUUUGCUUUCUAAUUACAGCAUCUCUUGGUGCUGUAUUAAUACAGCAGAAAAUUUCAGUCUCUGCAGUUCUUUCAGACACUGAACCAUAAUUUCUUUUCCACGUUGCCACUUGGACAUUUCUUUACUGAGGGAGUUUACGUGUUGUGAAUGUGUAUGUAAUUACAACCAGUGAGUUUCUAGUGACAUUCACUAGAAGUAGUGAUAAAAUUAGAAUAGAACUAUAGGAAAUGGAGCAGUUGGCAAAUAUAGCCAUGCAGUUAUGGCAUAUGACACCUGUGGGGAUGGGUCUUUAGCAUCUUGCACUAGUCCCAGGGUCACAUCUGAAAGCAUUAUCAUUUCCCUGAGGAAGCAUUUUAGUCUUAGGACAAACCUAAACAGUUCACGGAAGUAGCAACAGCUCCUCUAUUUGUCUUUUGCUUUCUAAUUACAGCAUCUCUUGGUGCUGUAUUAAUACAGCAGAAAAUUUCAGUCUCUGCAGUUCUUUCAGACACUGAACCAUAAUUUCUUUUCCACAUUGCCACUUGGACUCUUCUUCACUGAGGGAACUUACAUGUUGUGGAUGUGUAUGUAAUUACAGCUAGUCCCUAUGGAUGGGAAAAAAGUUCUUUUGGGUAAGUCAUGUUCAUUCACAAGUUGGAUACAGUUCAGUUACUUGGAAACAGGGAAAGAAAGAGUCUUUUAUUCCCAAAUCAAUCAUAUUUUAAGAGUACCUGCAGCUUGAUAUGUGAAUGAAUUCUGCAAAUGAAAAGCGUUUAAAUCUGACUGUUCAAGUCAGUGAAAACUCUGCUAUUGAUUUCAGCAAAUUGAAGUUCAUGUGGGUUGGCAGCACAUGUGAGCAGGCAAAUCAUGCACUGCUCCACCCAAAUAGACACCUUACUGAGAACUCACAGGGUGGACAUUGCCUGGGCACAUCUGAUGCUGUGUGAGGAGGGGAAAGUGGGUUGGUGGCAAAAAUGCAAAAAGUCCAUCUGGGAUCAGAUGGUAUCAGAAUGAAGUUAGAAUGAAUGAAGUUAGAAUCUGCUGUAUGUGGCAGCACACAAGAGUCCUGUUUCUUGACAGACUCCUCAGCUGUGAUAAUGGGCUGGAUACCACUUGUUUACAUGAUAACAAUGAGUAGCUAGGGAGGGAGGGCAAAGGGAAGGGAGAUUCACAGUCCCCACUGAUAGGCAUCCAAAUUAGCAUCAUGUCUCCCUAGGCGCACUCUGCAGUUGCUGUUAAGAGCAGUCUGCCUCUAAGAAAUGCAGAACAGGCUCAUGUGAGCUCUGUAGAGCAGCAGCCUAACAUCCUGCAGUGAAUCACCCUCUGGAGGUGCUUGUUUCUGUAGAGAGCGCCUGGGGAAAUUAGCUGCUUAAUUGGAGCUAGGCAAGGCAGAUGCCUGGAGAUGGAUAUGCUGUGCUCUCCUUCAUCCCCCUCCCGUUCCUCCCAGCUAACCUGCUUGCCUCCUGCUGUCUGCCCUGCUCCUGGGAGCCUGCAGCAUUCAAAUGGCUUUUCCUUCAUUUUUUUCCCCCCUUUCCUUUCUUUGCUGACUACCAGAGUGGUUUGUAUAGCAGAGCUACUGGCUGUCAGCCUUCAAACGUGUGUAUUGUUCAACUGGAUGUCAAACCCACCAAUAAAACACUGGAGCUCUUUA